CGUGAACGCGGACGCGAACGCGAACGCGGACAACGGUGGGCAGAGAGUGCGACGGCCCCGAGCCGGAAAAAUCGGGGUGAGAUGCACCCUUACUGCUCUCGUCGCUCUCAAUCGGCCGCGGAGCUUCCACCUGGAAGCACGGCUGCUCCUCGACGUCCAGCCAACCGUCUACCCACCGAUUGCAACCGAUCUGCUGCACCGUUUGCCCGGCCGUAAAUCUUCGUAUCGCCGCAGUACCUAUCAAAGAUCCGGCCCGUCAUAGGUGGUACGACGGAAGAGGUGGAAGACAAACGCGGUGCGAAAGGUGAAGAUGAGUGGCGUGGAAUGGACAGGUUGGUUGCAACGAUGCCGGGAAUCGCGCAGACUGAUUCUCGUGAUCGUUGCCAUCGCCCUGCUUCUGGAUAACAUGCUGCUGACCGCAGUGGUUCCGAUCAUACCGGAAUUUCUGUACGACAUCAAGCACCCGAACUCGACCCUGAGCCAGCACCUCGAAGCAGAGAAUCAUGCCCGAGCAGUGGCCGCUAACAAUCAGCGGAUGGCCGCGAACGGAAUCAGGACCACGACGGCGAACCCGAGUUUCACCACCACGCCUAAAUGUCCUUGCGCGCCGAACAGAUCGAACGAUUCACAGCUGGAAUUUCUCUACCCGCCGAUCCUUCCUGUCAACGAUCCGACCGAAAGCGACGCAGCCAUCGAGAAUUUGACGGAAUGGAGAGAGAAAGAACAACGGCAUCGAGAACUGUUGGAAGAGACCGUCGCCGUCGGAAUAAUGUUUGCUUCGAAAGCUUUCGUGCAGCUGCUUGCCAAUCCGAUCGUAGGUCCGCUUACGCACAAGAUCGGUUACAGUAUACCCAUGUUCACCGGCUUCAUCAUCAUGUUCCUUUCCACGUUGAUAUUUGCGUUCGGACGAAGUUACGGCAUCCUUUUCUUGGCCCGGGCGUUGCAAGGUGUUGGGUCCUCGUGCUCGAGCGUGUCAGGUAUGGGCAUGUUGGCCGAAAGGUACCAAGACGACAAGGAACGUGGAAACGCGAUGGGCAUAGCGCUUGGUGGUUUAGCCCUUGGUGUUCUGAUCGGACCGCCCUUCGGAGGUAUCAUGUACGAGUUCGUUGGCAAAUCGGCUCCGUUCUUGGUACUUUCAGCGUUAGCCCUCGGCGAUGGUCUUCUUCAACUUCUGGUGCUUCAACCGUCCGUCGUUUACACCGAAGCGGACCCACCUUCGCUGAAAGCACUGGUCACCGAUCCCUACAUCGUGCUGGCUGCGGGUGCCAUUACGUUCGCCAACAUGGGCAUAGCUAUGCUCGAACCCAGUCUCCCGAUUUGGAUGAUGGACACGAUGGGUGCAAGCAGAUGGGAACAAGGCGCCGCGUUUUUGCCAGCAAGCAUCAGCUAUUUAAUUGGAACUAAUCUGUUCGGGCCGCUCGGACAUAGAAUGGGCAGGUGGUUGGCUUCUUUGAUCGGACUCGUGGUUAUCGGUGUUUGUCUGAUGUGCAUACCACUCGCAACGAGCAUCGACCAUUUGAUCGUACCCAAUGCCGGUCUGGGAUUCGCUAUCGGUAUGGUGGACAGUUCGAUAAUGCCCGAAUUGGGCUAUCUAGUCGACAUUCGACAUAGCGCUGUUUACGGAAGCGUUUACGCUAUCGGAGACGUCGCGUUCUGCUUAGGUUUCGCCAUUGGUCCUGCGCUAAGUGGUACGUUGGUGAACAGCAUCGGAUUCGAGUGGAUGCUAUUCGGUAUAGCGGUCUUAAAUUUCCUUUACGCGCCAUUGAUGUAUUUCUUGAGAGCUCCGCCGACGAAAGAAGAGAAGAAGUCCCUGAUAAUUGGCGAGAAAUCGUCUGUGCGCUACGUAACGUACCAGAACGAGGAAGAGGAGCAAUAGACGCACGACCUUUCAACGAACAAUUUUCCAUUUUCGUCAUUCUCGGAGGAACCACCGGCUGGACGCAAUUCGCCAAAUUUUUCCAUUGAUUAUCGAUUACUCGGCGCCUUUUCAUCGAAGAGGUUGAAUCAGUCAGGAUGACGGAGCAUGCUUUCUUCUUGUUGUUGAAACUCGAUGUUCGUCUAUAAGUAAUUUACCAAUGUGGUCGUCUCGCGGUAACGCGUGGAUCGCGUGUACCAACAAUCGCUGUUUAAAUCAAUUUGUUCUCUUUUGAUUCUCGACGAUCAAAAUAUUAGCAGCACCGUGCUCGAAAACCGGGCUAAAAACCGAACCGAAAAGAACCGUCUUGGAAAAGCGUUUGUAACUUUUCCAUCGUUCCAAGAAAAAAAAACAAAAUGUAGAACAAGCUGUACCGGAAUCAUAGCGACUCUCAAUAUUGCGAAAAGUUAUAUCCCAGUUAAUCUCUCGUUCAACGCAGAUUGUAUAUAAAUAUGUAUGUAGUUGCGUGUAACGGGAUAGACGGUAAUAACGAGUGCGUGCGUUCCAAAGCAUGAAUCGCGUCGACAGGAUAAUCAAAAUACAGGGAACGUAUUGUGCGCGUUGCGUGUCGAUCGAGUUGUACGUUUGAUAAUUAGAACGCGUUCGAUCGGUAUUCGAUCGUUGGAUCGUAUUCGAUGGUCGAUCGAAUGUCGCCGAUGACCUCUCGCGACGGAGCCGCGGAGAGCCCGCUCGAAUUGUUACAGCGAGACCAUUAACGAACGGAGAACCGCCUAAUUAGGAUUCCCUGAAUGGCUGCAGGGAAACCGGUAGCGAAAUCAGCGAUUAGGCAGGAUGAAGAGUUCUCCAAAGCGUCCUUCCUCGAAUCUUGUGUAUCCGUCCCGAGAACCGAGCUUUCGCGAUUUACAGGUUCCACGCGAAUGAUACGGCAGACCUGGUGUUCCUUUCUUUCUACUUUGGUUCCUAAAUUGAUAUUGCUUGAUACGCGCGAUCGACAAUUCCCUCGAUAACGAUCCACGAUCGUUGCGAGUAAUACCGGUGUUCCUGAACACGCUUGCGUCGAGCGUUCGUCGAAUUUGCAAAUCACAUAGAAAAACACGUACAUGUAAAUUCGGGCCGGUCAACUCGCACGAACAAGCAAUUUACGCUUCCUUUACGUUGGCGCUGGAUCUCGGACGAGUUCGUAUAUUCCUACACUCGUUAUACUAUUAUGCAUAGCACGAUAUAUGACAUACGAUAUGAUAUACAUAGAACGGGUUGUAGUAUAGUAUGUUUGCGUAACGGACGAACACGUUAACACAUAUAUAACGCGUACACUUCUUUCUCCGAUAGCGAUAGUCGCAAGCAUGGUAGUUCAAAUCGUUGUAGAGCCCUCGAUAUUAUAGUCUAUCUGUUAAAAAGGCGAAACUUUUCCGGAACCAUUCUAAUGGUUUCAUUGUAAUGUAGUGUCGAUCGCGGUCGAGUAGAUAAGUCCGAUCGUACGGGUCCUAAGCUACUGCGAAUGCAUACCAAGCUACAGCGAACGCAUACAAAGAAGCUGUACAGGAGAAGAUAAAGCUUUACUUACGUUAUAGCGUGAUAGGGUCGACUAUAGAAAAUAGUAUUGUUAAACGAAAAAAAAAAAAAUAACGAGUUGAUAGACGCACACUGUGUAAUGUAGGAUAUCUCCGUAAUGGAAUUGUACUCGUAAAUAAUCUUAUGAAAAUUAUAUAGAACGCUGGUAGCGUCAUUUGCACCCGAAACGGUGCAUUAGCGUAGUCUCCGGGAUCCAUCGCGAUUUUCAUCCCAGGAACAAUAACGUGCUCGGAUGAAAAGCGAAGAGGAAGAAAAAGAUGAAGUCGAGAUGAGAGGAGAGGAAAUAGAAGAGAACAGCUGGUCGAACGCUAUGGCACGUAACGGGGCGAUCUUUGAAAACGGGAAACCGAUUUUGAUAGGAAAUACGAUUACGUGUGUAGAGUUCCGCCGCGAAUUCGAUGCAAUCCACGAGGUUGUGUCCGUUACGACACACCUACUCCCGAUGAAAAGAACGAGUCAAUUCGAUCUGCAAAUUCGUCACGAACCAUUGACCCACGCGUAUUCAUCGAGAAAACGCGGAAACCGAAGAAGGAACAAGGCACACGCGGCGCGAACAGUACGAGAAAUCUCGAGCGAUUUUUAAAAUCGUGUAAUCUUCGAACGAAAUCAAAGUCGCCAUGUGUUAUAGGGGGGUAAAGAAUCGCACCAAGAAACGACGAAUCGCCUUCGUUGCUUCGUCAUAAUGUUACGCUGUCCACUAUAUUCUAUUCUAUAUUCUAUUCUAUUAUAACUUAUGAUAUAUGUAUAUCUAUAUGUAUGGUGCGGUGCACUCGCGUCAAGAAUCCUUCGGAUUUCUGUAAAUACCGAAAAGACAUACGUACAUAUAUGUAUUCUACGUGUUUGGGAUUAUAGCGUAAUGUAGCAUGUCGCGUCUAUUUAUUCGGGCCAACUGUCUUGUUGGUAAUCGUCCACGUUUUCAUCGCUUUGUUUCCGUUUCGUUCACGAUCGUACGAUUUGACUUUCACUUUAUCGGUAGCUGUACGAUGCAAAGUGUCGAGAACGCGAUAGAUGGUACCGUUGAAAGAAGAUACCUCUGUUUCCUAUUUUAUAAUGCGAAUCGGUACGAUCGACCCUGAUCUCCAAACAAUAUCGAAUCUGGAUUAAGCGAUACAUAUACACUACUGUGUACUGUACACGAUUCUAAUAUGCUUUUCAAUGUAUCCUCUUUGUGUAGCGCGAAGAAAACUCGAAGAAAACCUUAGCGAAUAAUUUGUCGACAGCUGCUAUUGUGAACAGACAAUAAGCAACGAUGACGGAAACGAACGAUCGUUUUCUCGUUACCGAUAAUAUAACGUUCUCAUCGAAGAAAUUUAAUGAAUCUAUGUAGCUACACCGACCAACGAACAAACAAACAAAACGAACGAACGUCGAUCCUAUUUAAUCGUUUCUGUACGUACGCGUCAUUUGAUUUACAGCUCGUUUCCUAUGAUCGUAACGUAAAUACUUAAUCAGCUGGUGUAUGGGUCCGAUACUUAAUGCCUGUGUAGUUGUUCAAAGACAACGAGAUUUGAGAAAAAUAAAGAUGUCCCUUGUAUUAGAUAAACGAUGCUGUCAAAGUGAGCGAGUGGUGUGAGAAAGCGGAUUCGAAUGCUAGGGAAGAUCAUUGAGACCCGCGGGUAUCGGAUUCGAAUUAUUCUGGAAGUUUUUUUGGUGUCUAAUAUUCUCGAACGAUAUUCAAAAGUUUGACCAAUAUAUAUUUUCGUUUCA